UUACGGGGUGGGUCGUCCGGUGUCAUUUUCAUGACGUGACCAGCCCACCGGUGCCUGAUGGGUCUAAUUCGCUGUGUUAGAGCUCUUCAUUGCCCUUCUACACACAUACGGGGCUGAACAUCUUCCUCUCGACAAGCGGCUAAGAGGGUUUCGUCAGUUUUGGACAGAGUCCAUAUUUUAGAGGCGUAUGUGAGGUUGUAGUAUGAAGGAAUUCGAUAUAUCGGAAGUAAAUCGCGCUUCACUUGACUACUGCCAGAACAACGUUGAACAGCAUAUGCAGAAGAGUCCGUCCAACCACCUUGGCUUAGAAUCGAACGAUUUUGACCACUUGUUCCACACUCUCACUUUGCCUCAACCUCAUCAGCUGCACAAGGAUUUCCAAGGCAUUUAUUCGUACGAUAGCAAUCGCGCAUGCUCUUUGGAAACUCUCUACUUGAACCUUCUAAUUUCUCAAAGCACUUCACCAAGCAGCCGUCUGUUGCAUAAAAUCAACGGUUGCCAUGGACAACCUCAUAACAGUUGGUGUAAUAAAGCUAGUGCAGACAUGGUUAGAAUCACGGAACAGCUGAUACGCAAGAAAGCCGAGCACAACGAGCUCAUCAUCGGUACGCUGGAGGAACUCUCGCUGCACCAAGAGGACAUCGAACGCAUCGAGCACGUUGGCCGGUGGUGUCGGGAUCUUAAGAUACUGCUGCUGCAGUCCAACCUUAUCCCUAGACUAGAGAAUUUAAAUCGCUUGAAAAAACUUGAAUAUCUCAAUGUGGCCAUCAACAAUAUCGAGCGCAUCGAAAACCUGGAAGCACUCGAGGCAUUAAGGAAGCUUGAUCUAACGCUGAAUUUUGUCGGUGAGCUGACGAGUGUUGAAAGUCUUCGCGGGAAUUACAGCUUGCGCGAGCUCUUCCUCACCGGCAACCCUUGCACAGAUUUCCCCGGCUAUCGGGAGUACGUCAUAACGGUUCUGCCCCAGCUGGAGCAUCUCGAUGGAAAGGAAAUUACGCGCAGUGAGCGUUUGCGUGCCGCUAGAGAGUUUUCUUCGCUGCGCGAACGGAUCGUACAGCUCGAAGCAUUGCACAAGAUCGAACGGGAUGAGCAGCGGGUUCGCGUGCAGCAGUCCAUAGCGGAACAGGAAGCAUGUGUAAGCGAACUGCCGGACGACGAUGAGCGGAAGGCAAGCGAGUUCUGGCAGCAGAAAAGUGAACACUGCCCUGAAACGCGCAUCCAGAUGGCAAAGUUUUCCCGGCGAGCAAAAGAUCGCUCGUCGAAAGAGACCGACGGGCCGGGCGAGAAGAAACGGAAGCGAAGACUUUUCGCCGAUUGUGGUCGUCCGUACAGUUUGAAUGAACCACGGUUGGACUUCGAGUUUCGCGAUGAACCGGAUCGUUUUGAGCUGGAUUUACAUCUGUACAAGUAUCUCGAUACGUCGCUGAUAGCGGUGGACGCUCAACCAAAUUAUGUCCGCGUAACGGUGAAAGGUAAGAUAUUUCAGCUUGCGCUUAAACAAGACAUCCAGACGGAUCGAUCGACCUGCCAACGUUCGGAGACUACCGGCCACAUGUUGAUCGUGAUGCCAAAGCUUAAUCCUGAACGUAUCGUCAAACCUUCAACUGUAAAAGAGACGGCAGCAACUCGCACCGGCGCUGGUCUAACUGGAACAGUAGAUAUUCGGAACAUUUGCCAUGCCAGCAACAACAGUGCAAACCCGACCCGAAUGAGCGAAGACGAGGUACCGGACCUGAUUUAAGAUAAUUUAACCACCUUAACCGGCUUUAUUUCUGCAGCAAUGCGCUAGUUGCAAGCUCCUUAGCAAAAUUAGCGAAAUCUUCCUCAGUAAAUACACUGGCGACACCUCCUUGCUCAUCCUCUUCUGCCAUCUUGGUGCCGUAUUUGUUUCGGUUUGCCUUUGGCACGCGUACCCGCGAUACGUAAUGGCCAGUGCGGGCACGUUUCAGGAUCUACCGAAUAAAGCAAAAAAAAAAAAAAA